AUGGAGAAUUCAAAUUUACAAAAUAAUCCACCACAAAAUCCUUUUUAUAAAUAUUCAUUAAAACAGAGGAAGGAAUCUGAAGAAUUUGGUAGGCUUACGAUCGAUUAUAUCAAACGACAAAAUGAAAAUCUUCAACAAUUAUUUUCUGAAAGUGAAAUCGUUGAAUCGAGAAUUAAGGAUUAUUGCAGGUGCAAAGAAAAGAUUAUAGAACAAGAACAUUUAAUCGGCUCAUUAAAAUAUCGUAUUGAACAAUUAGAAGCUUCCAUUGUGAUUAAAAAUCAAGAUAUUAAUAAUUAUCUUAAUAUUAUAAGAAAAUCCAAGGAAGAAAUGGAGUUGAAAGAAAAUCGGGAGACAUUAGAUACCAAACAAAAGUGUCACAAAGCAGAUUCGGAACUAUCAAGGAAAGAUCAUAUGACAUCAAAAAUUUCUUCCAUUUCUUCAAACGAUAAUGAAAACAAGCAAACCAAGCAGGUACAAGAUCCCCCUAUAUAUACUAUUACCAUAGGUGAAAUUAUUAAAAAGUAUGCCGGUAAAGUUCAGGAAUCGCAAAAGCAAAAACAAGGAAACAUAAUGAUAUCAGACUCUUUAUUAGACAUCCCUUCAACCAAUUCUGAAAAUGAUGUUGAAUUGAAAAUUAAGGUUCGGUGUGCAUGUGAAGAAAAGUUCAGAAAACAAGAAAUUUUAAUUGACUCAUUAAAGUCCCAAAUUUUACGAUUGGAAGAUUAUAUAGAUUAUAUUUUUAGUAGAAAUCAAGAAAUUGAUGAUGUUAUUAAGACUAUUAAUGAACAAAUCAAACGACUUGUAACGACAAAUAAAUUGGAAGAUAACGGUGAAAGUUCAAAUAACGCCGAUUACAAGAGUUUAAACGAUUUGAAUGUCAAACAAGAGGCCAAAUAUAAUUAUAAUAAUUCCAUUUCACCAAAAGACCAAGACCCUCCUAUUUUUACAAUUACAAUGAGUGACGUUAUUAAAAGAUAUACUGCUAAAGUUAAAGAAACGAGACAAAAAAAAUAUAUUGUACCAGAACCUCCAUCCAAUGAAACUUCAUUAAAAAGUUCUGUUACUCAAAAUGGAGGUGUAAUUGAAAAUUUAAAAAGGUUGAAAAGUUCGAAGAAAGAUGAAAAGGCUGAGUUACAACACACAAAUGAUGCAAAAGCUGAAGAAUUGCAAGUUCGUAAACAGGCAAAAAAGGAAACAAAAUCGAAAUUAAAACAACGUGAUGCUGAGAACAAGGAAUUUGAAAACAAUUUGAAAUCGUCAAAGAAAUCUCAUGGUGAAUCAGCAGACGAACAAGAUUCCGCUUCCAAACAGAUUCAUAAAAAACUUCAACAAAUAAUUACGAAAGAGAAUCUUAGUAGUAUUGUUAGAUUUAAACAACUUUUGUCUUUAAAUGAUUCCUUUACACAUAAUGAAUUAAUUAGAUAUACAAAAACAAAUGAUUUUAAUUCAUUAAAUGAUAGAACAAAACGAUUGAUCAAUAUUCUUAUCCAAGAUAUUUUAUCGACUUCUACCACUUCUCAAACAAAUGAGAAUGAUGCUACAAGAUUUGAAAAACUUCACAAACAAAUUAUUACUAUAGCAGAAAAUAGAGGUAGAACGAUUAGGAUAGAAGAUCUUAAUUUUCUAAAAGACCCCUCCGUAUUUAAUAUUUUAAUCCAUUAUUCAGAAUCUCAUAAUUUCGAUUCUUUAAGUAACCAAAUUAAAAGUUUCAUUAAUUUGAUUAUAUAUAACAACUUAAAAGAAGAAUUCAAUCAGCAAAAAGUAAAGCUUUCACAAAAUUUAGAAGAAUACAUUAAAAGAGGUUUAAUACCACAAUUACCAACAGGAUAUCAUAGAUAUUCCGAUUACGAAAAGACCAUUAUGUUCCUUUCGUUAAGCAAAAAACAAAAAUCGAGGGUUAGAAAAUUGAUUGCGUUAGAAAAAUAA